CUCAGCUGUUGUUGGUUUAUUCGUUCGUUCACUCAUUCGCUGUGGUUCGUUCGCCCCUCGCCAAGUACAUGCAUACAUAUUUACACUGACUGUGUAUAAGCUUGUAUUGGUGUGUAUCUGUGUUAAUUUUAUACAAUGCUGCUUGAUUUACUGAUUUGCUCAAUGCUCAGCGCCGUCGUCAGCGUCGUCGUCGUGUUGAGGCGCAUGUCAGCGCAACUGUCGACUGCGCAGUCGCCGUUGACGUCCACUUUCAGUUGGCCACCAAACGAACGGCGUCGGCUCUGCUGCUGCCACUGCUACAGGCAGCAUUUUUUCGUUCGCUUCCAACAGACAAGUCAGUCGUACGGUAACUUUCAAGCGAGGCGGAUCGUUUUAGCGCGGUUAGUAGUGACUCCAAACGGCAUGGAUAGUUGAACUUUUUAUUAUUAUUUUUGUGUACCUCUACCUGCCUCUGCGUACUAUAGCACACAACAUUUUUAGUGCGAACCAACAACCAACCAACCAAUCAGCCAGCCAGCCAGUAAGCUAGCAAGCAAGCGCCAAGACACCACCAAACACCUCGUUCGCCCCCACAAAGCAACAGUAAAUAUACAUAUGUACGUAUGUAUGUGUGUACACACGAAAUAGAAAAUACCACAGCAGGAGCAGUAGCAGUUGGUACAUACAAACAGCGCAUGAAUAUAAAAUAUCUGUGUAUAUACAUACAAACGCGCUCGCCAGUUGUGUAGUGACCUGACAGCCUCAAAAAGCAGCGUGCGAGCUCAACGAGAGCAGUCAGCGGUAGCAAAAAUUUACAAAUUGGGUGUAGAGUUUUUCGUCUAACCCGAGCGUGUGUGCAUAAAGGUGGCAUACGUGAAAAGCAAAAAGGUGUUAUAAAUAAAAUACAAGUAAAUUGCAAACCAGAAAUAUAAACUACAAUAUAUUAAAAAAAAACUAAUCGCGUUUAAAACAAACUGACGGUCCGCACACGCGUUUGAAAUUAACGACAGCAGCAAAAAAUAUACAUAUUUAGUUAGUUGUGUGUGUGUGUAAUUUUUGAAAAAGGUACAAAUUUUUUAAAGAAAAGUGCAAAAAGUAUUCCAAAAAAAUAUUUAAAUAAAAUUUUGAAAUAUAAAAAAGUGUUUGAUAACGCAAAAAAUUGCAUCAAUUAUAUACAUACAUACAUAUUAACAAAUUGCAACACAUGCCAGCGUGUGAGUUAUACACUGACAAAUAAAUAAUCGUAUAAAAUUUAAAAGCUAUAAAAAUUAUAUAUAAAACAAAGAAUUAUUUGUGUAAGCAGCAGAAGAAAAACAUAUGUGAGCAAAAUCAUUUAAUCGUGACGUAUUAAGAGUAUUAGUGACAAAAUAAAUUUUAACAAAAAAAAAAUUAAAAAUAAAAUUAAAAGUGGCAAAAUAUAUUAUAGCAACAAAAACAAAUACUGCAAUUGAAUUUUUGCACAUUCUCCACAAUUGUGAGCAAUAAAAAACAAGCAAAACAAAAAUAGAAACAAACAUUUUCGUGAAAAGCGCAUAUGUGUGGAAGAUUACUGUAUAAAAGCGUUUAAUUAGGAAAAUCAAAAAUCAAAUAAAUUAAAAAAAAAGUGCAAAUUUAAUUGUUAACGUUUUUUUUUAAUACUCAAAUAAAUGUUAAACUACACUUGUGUGACACACAGUACAAACUAAACUGUAAAGUGACAUGAAAAAAGCGAGAGAAAAAAUAUUUUAAGAUAAAAAAAAAAAAAAUUUUUAAAUUAACAGUAAGUUAAACAAUAACUACAUAAAAUAACUAAUAAUAAUAGUGGAAACUAAUUUAAAAUAAAUUGUUUGUAAAAAAUAUUAAAUAUCAAAAAUACAAUAUAUCAUCAACACCAGUGACAAAACAUACAAAAUAUAAUUGUAAAAAUUUAAUUUUACUAAAAACAAAUAAUCUAUUUCAAUUAUUUUGACACGAAUUCGUGCAGUGCGCGCUCUUCUAAUAAAUUCGUGCAAAAUUGUCGCCAACGAUCACUGUAAAAUGUUCGAUCCAUUUGUGAAAAUCAAGAAAAAGCGUAAUCUGAAUGUUGUCGAUAUCUUAGAUAGUGUUUCGGGUGAACUGGAGUUGGCCGUUUCGCCGCCAGAGCAGGCGGUCAUUGAACAGGUCAUAGCCGCUGAGCCAGUGUUAUUGGUGGAGGAAGAGGAACAGCAACAAUUACAGCUGCAAGUGAAUCAACAAUUGUUGCACACAAACGCCGAGCAGCGAGUGCAACAACCGCUAGAACAGCAACAGCAACAGCAACGACAAGAGGCCGAGGAGAAUGCCAAUUGUUAUUGUGUCAGUGAUGCAGCAGUAACUGGUGCAGGAGCAACAUUAACAGCAGCAGGCGCAAGCGCUAACACUGUAGCUAGCCCCGCAAUAUCGCCCACAAAAACAGCCACAGUUGCCACUAUAGCAGCAGCCGCCUCGUCCGUUACAUCGCCGCUCUUGGAGGCAAUUGCUAGUAGCAGUAGUAACAGUAGUGGUAACAGCAGCAGCAACAACAACCACAGUAGCAGUAGCAGUAGCGUAGGUGUUAGCGGUAAUAACAGUUCCCAAGUGUGUGGCAGCAGUGUCAGCCGUCAAUUGGCUAGCAGCAGCAGCAGCAACAACAAUUGCAGUCGCUUGCAACAGUUGAUAUCGACGCCACCAGUGGCAUUGCGCGGUUUGUCGACCUACUGCAACGGCGAUUUGCUGCCGUCAACACAACAGCAGCAGCCAACGCUGGGUCAACAACACGCGCCACAAGCGGCUGCUGUGCCCACAUUGCCUCAAUUACAGUUGCAGUUGCAGCAGCCAACGUUGCAUCAGCAGCAGCAGCAGCAACAAGCGCCUUCGGUGUUGCAGCAACAUUUGGGUCACCUAAAUUUCGAAAGUGGAGCAUCGAGUGUGAGUGCCAGCAGCAGCAGUAGUAGUAGCGGCAGUAGCAACAACAGUUGUAGUAGCAGCAGCAACAGCAGCAGCCUGCGAAGUAGCACAACAACAUUGCAGCGCCAUUUGGCCUCGCCAAGCAACAUUCUCCAGGAAGCGUUCAGCAACAAUUUGCACAGAAUUUUAAAGCGUUCACAUAGUUCCUCAACGUUGGCGUCCAACAACAACAAUAAUACGAGCAGUAAUUCCAUUUCUUCCUCGCCGCCGUCGACGCCAUCCUCUUCAGCGAUCUCAAAUUCCAAUUUCGCCGGCACGCCCCCCACUUCUCUAUUUGCCAGUAUUUACGGUAGCAACAACAGUAGUAGCAGUAAUAGUAGCAGCAGCAGCAGUAACAGCAGUAGCAACAACAACAACAAUAGCAACCAAAAUUACCACCACCACUUGAAUAACAGUAUAAUUGCCAGUCGUCUGUUCGGCAGCAACGGUAAUAACCACAACAAUAACACCCACCCCAACCAACAACACAACAAUCUGAAUCAGAACAACCACAGCCACCUCCAACAACAACUCACCGCGCCAAGCAGCAGCAGCAGUUCAGCGGCCGCAACUGCGUCGUCUGCCACGCAGCAACAUCACACUACAAACAAUAACAACAGCCACCAUCACCGCCUGCCGCAUAACAGCCACCACCGGGACCAUCAUUCCGCGCUCACCAAUUCGAUAACGAAUCGCAUCAAUCAAUCGAUAAGGCGGCAUUUGAAUCAGCAACAGCAGCAGCAGCAACAACAACAUCACCACAUACAGCAGUACAAUCAGCAAGUGACAAAUAACAACAAUACAACAAAUAACCACCGAAUACCGCAACAACAACAGCAACAAUCGAUUCCUCAACAUUCACGUUUCCCACAACAACAGCAGCAGCCGCAAAAUAAUCAACAUUUGCAACAUCACUUGCAGCAAUCAAAUCAUCAGCAACAACAACAACAUCAUCAUCAUCAUCAAAACAGUGGUAGCAGUAGUAGCAGCAGCAACAACCAACAACUGCAGCCACAUCAAAAUCACAAUAAUCAACAAAACCAACAACAGCAACAACAACAAUCUCCUCUGUGCCUAGUAUUAUUAGUUAAAUGUCCGAAUUCUAAGGAAUUUUGUAACGCCGCCGCCGCCAACGCCGUCGCUGCUGCCGCACAUUUCUGUGAUAAUAAAAGAUUGCCGGUGAACGAAUGUCAGGCAAUUCAAACCGCUAGAGUGACAUCUAACCUGAGCGCAUCGAGUAGUACAAUGGCGGUCAGUCGAGUACCAUCGCCACCCUUGCAGGAAGUAAAUACACCCGUAGCUGAAAAUUGGUGUUACACACAGGUUAAAGUGGUGAAAUUCAGUUAUAUGUGGACCAUAAAUAAUUUUAGUUUUUGUCGCGAGGAAAUGGGUGAGGUACUGAAAUCGUCCACAUUUUCUGCUGGUGCUAGUGAUAAACUGAAAUGGUGUUUACGUGUCAAUCCAAAAGGUCUCGAUGAGGAAAGCAAAGACUACCUGUCGUUAUAUUUAUUAUUAGUUUCGUGUAACAAAUCAGAAGUUAGAGCCAAAUUCAAAUUUUCCAUAUUGAAUGCGAAAAGGGAAGAAACCAAAGCCAUGGAAUCGCAGAGAGCUUACCGUUUUGUACAAGGCAAAGAUUGGGGCUUUAAAAAGUUCAUUCGACGAGAUUUUCUAUUGGAUGAGGCCAAUGGGCUGCUGCCCGAGGACAAAUUAACGAUAUUUUGUGAAGUUAGCGUUGUAGCUGAUAGUGUGAAUAUCUCUGGUCAAUCAAAUAUUGUACAAUUCAAAGUGCCCGAAUGUCGAUUAUCCGAGGAUUUGGGUGCAUUAUUUGAUAAUGAGAAAUUCAGUGAUGUUACGUUGGCGGUGGCCGGACGGGAAUUUCAAGCGCAUAAAGCUAUUUUGGCAGCACGUAGUGAAGUCUUCAAUGCUAUGUUCGAGCACGAAAUGGAAGAGCGCAAAUUGAAUCGCGUCGAUAUACACGACGUCGAUCACGAAGUUCUGCGAGAAAUGCUGCGUUUCAUCUACACAGGCAAAGCGCCAAAUUUAGAAAAAAUGGCUGAUGAUCUCUUAGCCGCUGCUGAUAAGUAUGCCCUCGAAAAGCUGAAAGUGAUGUGUGAAGAGGCGCUUUGCCUUAAUCUCUCCGUGGAAACCGCAGCGGAAACUUUAAUAUUAGCCGAUCUCCAUAGUGCGGACCAAUUGAAAGCACAAACCAUAGAUUUCAUAAAUACUCACGCCACCGAUGUGAUGGAAACGACCGGCUGGCAGAGUAUGAUCGCGACACAUUCACACUUGAUUGCGGAGGCAUUUCGUGCGCUUGCCACACAACAAAUCCCACCAAUUGGACCACCAAGGAAGCGUGUAAAAAUGAGCUGAAAUCGCAAUGGUGCAUACAAUAACAAAUAUAAUUAUAAUAGCAACAACAACAACAACAAAAGCAAAACUUAUAACCAUAAAAAAUACAAAUACAACAACAACAAA